UUUUGAUAAUAAUAAAAUUUUAUAGGGUUGAAAUGUCAAGUUCGAAAAUUCAAGAAGGCCAUAAGAAGUAUUUCAGAGAAAUUUUUAAUCUCCAAGCUAAUGAUGAUCGUAAAAUUGAUUACAAUGGUCUUCUUGAAAUAUUUAGUAUGGUUGAUUUUCAUCCUAACGAAAAGCAGCACGAAGAGUUCAAACAAUUGUUCGAACACAAAGAAUUCAUUGACUUCAACGAGUUCCUUAAAAUAUUUACGUUGAAGAGCAACGACUACUACACGAAGACGGAUGUGAUGAACGCGUUCAGGCUGCUUUCCAAAGAGUACGAGAAACCAGGCUACAUCAAAGUGGACAGGGUCUGGGAGAUCCUCAAGGAGAUGGGGCUCAAAGAGAUCGAGAUUGUCCACUUGACCACACAGUUGCAGGACCUGGAGAAGGAAGACGGCAUGUUCAACUUUGAAGACUUUGUGAAUGACUCAUUCUAACUUCUUUGAUUACUCAACUGGUAAUCUCUAAGGCAGAUAUUUAUAAGAAUAUUUCA